AUGGAACUUUGGCUUUAUUUACUGUUGUUACAACUUUCACUUGCUGCAAAUAUAAGUUUUGCAGUUCCGGUAGAAUCUGCAACGGAAAAUGAAAAAGGACAAGCUCUUGAUUAUCUAACUAAGUAUGGCUAUAAUACAUGUCAAAACACAACAAAUAUGUCAUGUAGUGUUGAUUUAUCUUCUAUACUCAAGAAGUUUCAGAAGUUUUAUAAACUUGAAGAAACAGGCACUCUGGAUGCAGCCACAAAACAACUCAUGAAUAAACCACGCUGUGGUAAUGCAGAUGUACUACGAGCUUCACAGUUAAAUACUUAUUUGAAAUGGUCAAAAAAGUCAUUGACAUGGAGUCUACGUGGCAAUCCAGAGCAGUUAUCGUUUGCAAAAACUGAAUCAAUUAUGCAAUGGGCUUUUCAACAUUGGACAGAUCAUAUACCAGUCAAGAUUAAACAAACUUGUUCAACAUGUAAUGCUAACAUUGUAAUCGAUUUCGUACGUAAAGAUCAUGGAGAUAUGCAUUCGUUCGAUGGACCAGGAGGAACUUUAGCUCAUGCGUUUUUUCCUGAAGAUGGUCGUAUACAUUUUGAUAAGGACGAAACAUGGAACGAUGGUUUCGUAGAUUCCCAAUCGCUUUAUCUUGUCGCUGUGCAUGAAAUAGGACAUGCUCUUGGAUUCGACCAUCAAAGUUCAACAGAGUCAAUCAUGUACCCUCAAUCUAAAGCUAUGCCAUCGAACAAGGUUCUCCCAUCCAUAGAUCGAAAUAAUGCUCAGAACGUAUAUGGCCAUCAAUUUCCUUCAGUAUUAAAAGAAGGUCAACGGAUAAAUAUGAAUGAAAAAUUGAAAGCACCAGAUGGUGGAUAUUCUUUACUAAUGCAAUCUGAUGGUAAUCUGGUUAUAUUCAAGCAUUUUUCAUCUAAUUCUAAUCAACGUAUUUGGGAAUCAGCAACGGGGGGACGUGGUACUUCACCAUAUCAUGCUAUUAUUCAGACAGACGGUAACUUUGUUGUUUAUGAUGGAAGUCACUCUGCAAUAUGGGCAACUAACACGCAGGAAAAAACACUUUAUACCUACUUAGUGAUACAAGAUGAUGGUAAUCUUGUUCUCUACAAAGGACCAACGUCACCUGAACCUAUAUGGGCUACUGGAACACAGCAGAAGUCCGAGGAUGAGACCAGUACCAAAUAUAUUGUGGAAAGUUUCAAACAAGCUUUUCCUAAUGAUACAAUUGUAGCGUACAAAUUUAAAAGUGGUGGUGCUUGGUUGUGCUACGGGACAAGAUUAUUACGAGUUAAUCUAAAAGAUGGAUACUGGUUGCAAAUCCAUAAACUAUCAAAAUCAGCAGGAAAUUAUGUGACUUCGGAUGAAAUUAAAUCAACAGCGAACUCUUUCAUUAAUAAGACAAAAGGCGAAGUAGACAAUAUAAAACGACGUGAUAUUCUUUGGAACGAACUGAAGAAUGCAUUUCCAAGCCACUACGUCAAUAUAUUCAUAUUCGAUGACAAUGAUUGGACUCGAAACGGUCAAAAUACGAAAGGCAGUGCUUACUUUGAAAAGAACUAUGGAUCUGAAGUUAGCAUUGUUUUAACUUAA